AUGAGUGAUACAUUGCUGGACACGGGCCAUUUGGCGGCCGUGACAGACAUUGCGGCGGAUGCGAAUGGUCGGCAUCUCGCCACGGCGAGCAGCGAUGGCACGGUGCACGUUUAUGAGUCCGUCACUACCGCCCCCAAGGAAGCGUCGCAGUACAAGGGUGGACCGCAGCCCACGACGUGGAACCCUGUUGCGGUGCUUCAGUGCAGCGGCGAGGAGCAGGCAGCGACGGUGACGUGUGUGGCGUGGGCACCUCCCGUCUUCUACACGGCUGCCCUCGUCACGUGUACCGAGGCGUCUAAUGAGGUGGCGCUGUGGUGUGACGUGUGUAACGACGCUCAGUAUCGCAAAAUCUACACCUACACCCUGGCAACACCGGGCUGGUGUGUGGCAUGGGCCCCGCACGAGUACGGGAAGCUCUUUGCCGUCGGCUGCGCGGAUGGGGCGGUGGUCGUCUUCACCGGCGGGCCCGACGGCACGUGGGACAUUCGGUCCUUCGAGAGUCACCCACACGGUUGCUGCAGCCUUUCCUUUGCCCCGUUCUUUCCACCGGGGGCGCUGCUCAUGGCGCCUCUGGAAAGGGACCUUAGUAAUGUCCCGGGCAAUGCCCCACCAAUGCCGUUCGCGCCACCUCGUCUGGUGACGUGCGGUGGUGGCCGGUUCGUGAAGCUCUGGACGCACUCGUUUGCACCUCGGUCCGGCGAAGAAGGCAGUGGCGCGCCGGAGUCUGUGUGGGUGUCCAUGGAACUGGAGGCGGCUGAGGCGUUAAGCACCCCAGCGUGGCGGGAGGUGAGUUGGGCCCCGAACCUGGGCUUGCCGUUCACAUACAUUGCGGCUGGGUCAGAGGAUGGGAUGGUGGCGGUCUGGGUUCAGGAUGGACCCGCUUCGAACCCAUGGCAGUGCCGACUUCUGCCCCCACCCCACGGCACCCCCGGUGUGAAUGUGACGAAGCUCUCGUGGUCUCUUGUAGGAACGUUUCUCUUGGUAUCCUACGCUGAUGGCGCGGUGGCGAUGUGGAAGGAGACGGGUAAUAAUGGGGCGUGGCGCGUGGUGAGUGAACUGGAGAACCCGACCUCGUGA